CUCAAAAUUGGCGAUUCACCGGGUGUAGCUUGCUGUUUUGGCCUCUUCUACUGCAAGUCUGGCAUUAGCGUCGAGCAUAUUCCUUCUUUGCGCGAAGCCGAACCUGGAAGCAGAGGGCUCCCCUCAAACCCGUCGACACCAACCUCUACGGUCACCAGUGGUGGCGUAGGUAUGUUAUUGCAUUGGAAAAAGGAAAAGAUGCUUGAGUCGAAGGCGGAGGAGGAAAUGAACCAGCACCGUCGUCGACGUUACUUUACUGGCUCCUCCGUUGUUGCUCCUUCCAGCAAUGCCUCCGCAGAUGCUUCCACUACUACUACCCUUGUUGGCGUCGACGAUAUGGAUGCUGUAUUCACUACACUCCCGGUGAAACGCAAGCGGUGCGCUAGUGCUUGCCAUCCACUCACCAUUCCUACCUCUUCCCAUUCUCUCCCUGCCGUUUCUGCAUCGUCAAAUGUCCGUGAAAUGAAUGUUUCGACCGCCACAACCUCGCCACAGUCGACCCCGGGAAGAGGAGGCGGGGGAAGUGACCAAGAGCUAGCGUCUGAUUGGUGUACUCGGGUACAGAAUGACUUGCUAACCCAAAUGUUUACGACCCUUCAACAAUUGUCUGCUCGAUUGAACGCAGAUUCGGAUGCAGACAGUGUGGUCGCCAAUUGUCGAGCCAUUCAGGCCUGCCUCGAUACUAUUGGUGCCAUCAAACGUGCUCGCCAAGAGGUUCCAAACGUUUCCUGCACUCCUUGA